AGAAUCUUAUUUUGAAGUUUUUAACCAACACCUAACGCAUGUCAAUGUGCCAUACUCCAGUAAGGAGAGGAGAAAUCGAAGAGUUGCAAAGAGAUCCAUUCAUGGCAGAGGGUGAUAACCGCGCCGAACACCUCGCAUUGGAUGUCCAUUGGACAAUCAAGUACAAAAAAUUGCUUUUAGAGGAUUCUACCAUCUCCCCAGCUACCUGCAUCUUCAGAGUUCCAGACACGCUCAAAAUGCAAAAUCCACAGGCUUAUGAGCCAUAUUUCUUUUCACUUGGUCCCUGGCACUUUGGCAAACCACACCUAAUGGAUGCCCAAAAGUACAAAAUGUACUUUCUUGAACAACUUGUCUGUCGUUUCCCAAGUCCAGAUGAUAAGAUUAAAGAGUUGGAAGUUGUCAUAUCCCAGGUGAAGAACGAAGCUCUUGAAUGCUAUGGGGGUUGGGGAGCCAUCAAUGUCGACAGCAGACAAGAGUUCGAGAAAAUUUUGCUGUUGGAUGGCUGCUUUAUUAUUGAGAUGCUUCGGAAGUUGAAUGCGCUCAUAGCUGUACACUACAGUGAUCUGUUCAUCUUCUCCAAUGCCAUGUGUCCGAUUUGGUGUCAUGACCUCUUUUUGAUAGAAAACCAAAUACCUUGGUUUGUGCUUGAGCGCUUGUAUGAGCAGACCAGAGUCUCAGAACAAGACAAGCCUUUGGUUGCACUUGCAAUUGAUGUUUUCUACUGGAUAUUUUCAUAUGACAAACUUCAGUUACGGCCAUUAAGGAUCAACCACAUCCUCGAUCUUGCAUGGCAUUAUUUGGGCCGCUCAUCAGAACCACCCAGAAGCGACGGUGAACACUUUGCGCUAAACAGGCAUAAUAUUCCUUCUGCUACUAGGCUUCGACAGGCAGGAAUCAAAUUCAGAAGAGUUAAGUCAAGAAGAAUCUUGGAUGUAAAGUUGAACAACGGUGUUCUUGAAAUCCCCUCUUUACUCAUUCACCCAACAACCGAAACAAUCUUCCGCAACCUCAUCAGCUUCGAGCAAUGUUACCGUUUCCACCCUCCUAAAGUCACCUGUUAUGCAAAGCUCCUAAAUGGACUUGUGGACACCCCUGAGGAUGUGGAUUUACUGUCCAGAGAUGACAUUUUUAAUAACUGGUUAAGUGCUGAAGAUGUGUCUCACUUCGUCAACAGACUACACAAUGGCACCAAUAUGGACUGUUUGUAUUAUGCUCGACUUUGCUCGGAUGUGAGAGAUUAUUGCCAGAGGUGGUGGCCAAAAUGGCGAGCUUUUUACAUCCACAACUAUUUUACUAAGCCAUGGGCUAUUAUUUCUCAAGCUUUUGCCAUUACCAUCUUGGUUCUCACAAUCUUACAGGUCAUUCUUAAGUAGGAAAUAUCUGUUUCCUUAUGCUCGAGACAAUUUAUAUAUUUAGGAAAGCUGGAGAUUACUUUGUACAUUUAUUUCUUCUUCUCAUCGGUACUCUAAUUUCUUCAACAUCAGCUAACUGCCAAGAAAUAUGGGAGACCUUUGAUGUAUCUUCUUUGGCACCAUCUCAAGCCCCACUAUUAGCUUUUGUUUUUCAUACUGAUGUUUAUGGAUUUGAGUACUCCUUGUACUCAUUUAAUAAAAUUCUUUUGCUUUUCAAGAAAACAAAAAAUUUAGACUUUCAUAUAUAGAUUAUAGUGUCUGUUUGUAUAACAUAUGCUUGUUUGAAAUGUGUAUAUAUAUGUUUGGAACUUAAACUUGAAUGCGCUUAUAUAUAAAACUCAUCAUUGUGUUUCCCCAUUUUAUCUUGUUUAUACACUAAAUAAAGUGAUCGAUGUUGA